AUGGCGCAAGGUCAGCUGAAGAAGACCAAGGCCCCAGCUGUGAAGAUCUCGCAGCGCAAGCAGACCGGCGCGCGCGUCAUCAAGCCGAAGAAAGCGUUGCUCGUCAAGCAGAACAACAUGAAGAAGAAGCACUCGGCGGGACUGGCGGCGGCGACGGAGAAGUCACUGGCAGGCAAGGCGGGACAUCUGGAGAUUCUACAUGGCGGCAAGAAGGACAAGAAGUUGGAGAAGGCGAAGGAGGGCAAGAAGUGA